AUGGAGGAGAAGGAGCAAUUGCGGCGGCAGAUCCGGCUCCUGCAGGGUCUGAUUGAUGACUACAAAACCCUUCACGGCAGUGCCCCUGCCCAAGGCAUCUCAGCCCCUUCGCGCUGGCAGCCACCUGCCUGCCACCGUGGCAGGGCCUUUGAUGCGCGGUCUUCUGGCCAUGCCCGCAGGGACUUUGCUCCGCACCACGGGUCCAUGUGGCGGAAGAAGUACUCCCUGGUCAACAAGCCUCCAGGACACGCGGAAGUGCUGGACAGCCAGGAUGCGCAGCCCGCUCAGGGGCUGCACCCCCAGGCCUGUGUCCUGGAGAGGCAGGUUCAGCUCAGCCCUGAUCAGAACAUGGUCAUCAAAAUUAAGCCAUCAGCCAAAUCGGGCUCUGCCAGCCCCUCAGGGGCCCAGAGCGGCCGUUUAGAAGCAUGCCAGGCCACUUCCUGGACUGACCAGAGACCCAGAGAGGGAGAGGGUGAGGCCCCUGGUGGGAGACUCCAGCAUUCCAAACCUGGCCAAGUCAGGGCCCGCUGCCGUGGGGCUGACCCCCUGCUGGUGUGCCAGAAGGAGCCGGGCAGGGCCCGGGUGGUCAGGUCCGGGAGUGCUGUAAGUGGGAGCACCUCGGAGCCCCAGCGGACAGUCAGCGAGGGCGCCAUCACCACCAAGGCUCGUGGCCUGCCUGCCACACCUGAGCGCAGCGGUGGGGCCUUGGGCCGGAAGCCGGGCUUGAACUCAGCGGUUAGCUGCGGGACUCAGCUCUUUGGGACCAGGAGGGUGGAAGGCAGCCGCCCAGAUCAGUCAGAUCCAAGGCCCAGGCCCAGGGUGGCCCGGGAAGCCUCGCUGCCUGCGUCCUGUCGCACCAGCAAGUUCCGGAAGAACAACUACAAGUGGGUGGCUGCGUCAGCCAAGAAUCCUCGGGCCACCCGCAGGGCCCUGAGCCCUAGAGGAGCCCCAGAGAACUUGGGCAGGGGCCCCAGCCUGGCAGAGAGGGCGGGGAAACCACAGCUCAAAUUGGGUCUGGACGCCAAGGCCAGGAAGGCCGCCCCGCAGCCCAGGCCUGUAGCUUCCUCGAGCAAGUACAAGUGGAAAGCCUCCAGCACCUCGUCCUCCUCAUCCUCCUUCCACUGGCAGCCAGAGGCCAGCGCCCGGGACCGUGCUGCCCUGUUGUCUCCUGUCCUGUCACAGUCGCCCCCUGAGGACAGGCUCACAGUUGGAUCCAGUGGCACAAAGACACUUUUUGGGGAAACUUCACUCUCGGGGUACAAGGUGAAGAGCCGCACCAAGAUCAUCAGGCGGCGGCCCAGUGCCAGCCUGCCAGGGGACAAGAAGACCAGCUCGCCUGCCACCACUGUAAAGAGCCCCUUCAGCCUGCGCAGGAGACAGGCCCCCCGGGGGAAAGGCAGUCCCGUCCUGAAGAAGACCCCCAACAAGGGCCUGCUGCAGAUCUCCAGGCACCGGCUGUGCCGCCUGCCUCUGGGCCGCACCCACCUCCCUACAAAGGAUGCAAGCAGCCUGUACGCCCUGCGCACGUCACCCAGCAGCAAAGUGAUCAAGACCCGCUACCGCAUCGUCAAGAAGAGCCUUCCCCCUCCGCUUGGCACCCCACCCUUCCACCAUGGCCUGCCCACCUGGCGCACCCGGCGUCUCCUGCUGCCCAGGUCUGUGGUGUUGAAUCGCCAGCGCUCGGUGACCACUGGGACUGAGAAGGCCUCCCCAGGCACCCCCCUGUGGCGGAACAAGGGCUACCGCUGCAUCGGAGGGGUCCUCUACAGGGUGACCGCCAACAAGCUCUCCAAGACCUCAGGCCGGCCCACAGAGUGAGGCUCCAGGCCACUUGCAAGCACAGGCCGCUUGGAGCCAGCCAGCUGCAGCCGCUCUCUGGCCAGCCGGGCCCUGCAGCGCAGUCUUGCCAUCAUCCGCCAGGCACAGCAGAGGAAGAAGGAGCGGCAGCCGGAGUACUGCAUGUACUACAACCGCUUUGGCCGCUGCAACCGUGGGGACAGCUGCCCCUACAUCCACGACCCUGAGAAGGUGGCCGUGUGCACCAGGUUCCUCCGGGGCACUUGCAAGAAGACAGAUGGGACUUGCCCCUUCUCCCACCACAUCUCCAAGGACAAGAUGCCUGUGUGCUCCUACUUCCUGAAGGGGAUUUGUAGCAACAGCAACUGUCCCUAUAGCCAUGUCUACGUGUCUCGCAAGGCUGAGGUCUGCAGAGACUUCCUCAAAGGUUACUGCCCGCUGGGUACCAAGUGCAAGAAGAAACACACACUCCUCUGUCCUGACUUCUCUCGCCGGGGCGUCUGUCCCCGUGGUGCCCAGUGCCAGCUGCUUCACCGCACCCGGAAGCGUUCAGGCCGGCGGGCCUCGUCGGCCCCCUCACCCAGUGACACGAGCCCCCGGAGCAGGGUUUCCAGCAGCCACAUGCCCAGGAAGCCCUCAGCUGCCCAGCGCCCCCCCAGGCUGAUACCCAAGAGCCCCACCUCCACAGCGACGGUUGUUCUGGCCUCCACCUCCCAAGAGCUGUCUGGUUCGCCUACUCCCUCCUCGCCCUCCUCCCAGGCCUCCCUGGACCCCAAGGUGGCCUCUGUCCAUGAGCCAGCGUCGUCUGUGCUGGGCUCCAAGCUGCCCUCCUUCAUCUCCCUGCGCUGCUCACCCAGCCCGGCCCCCCAGGCUGGUGCCUGUGUCCCCAGGAGUUCCCCGCGCAAGGACUCAGGGGGCAUGAGUGCUGGGGCCUGGUCAGGAGGCCAGACAGCCCCCCACCUUCUGCCCUUGAUAGCCAAGGCCAAGGCCAGGAGAAGGAUCCUCCGACCCUUGGGCAGUGGACUCCUCCACCCAGGGUUCGAGGGUUCGCAGACCCUGUCCCAGGAGUCUUUGCGGGUCAGCCCCCACCCCCUCACCUCGCUCCCCUGGGCCCCAGCCCCGCCCUUCCAUCGCUUCUGUAACCUCUCAGCCUGCGGUCUCCACAUGGUCCUGGAGCCCCGCCACGCAGGCUCCCGCGCCCAGGGGUGCCAGCAAGUUCACUGA